AUGUCCUCCAAGAAGCCCUCUGGCAAGACUCAGCGCUCCGCUAUUGCGGAUGUCGUCGCCCGCGAGUACACCAUCCACAUGCACAAGAGAAUGCACGGUGUCACCUUCAAGAAGCGCGCUCCCCGUGCUAUCAAGGAGAUCAAGGCCUUUGCCUUCCAGGCCAUGGGUACCACUGAUGUCCGUGUCGACCCCCAGCUCAACAAGAAGGUGUGGGAGUGCGGUGUUAAGGGUGUCCCCUACCGACUGCGCGUGCGAAUUUCCCGACGACGAAACGACGAGGAGGGUGCCAAGGAGAAGCUCUACAGCUACGUUCAGGCUGUGAACGUCAAGGACCCCAAGGGCCUCCCCACGGUUGUUGUUGAGGAAUAA